UAUACCGCCUGCUGUGCCCUGUGUGCUCCUCCCUCCAUAUUUAUGUACCCCUAUGUUACACUAUCCCGUCCCCCACUCCUGUACUUCCUGUUAUCUCCUCACCCACCCCUGUGCUCCAUGUCUUAUCCCCUCUGCUCCCCUGUUAUACUCUCCCUUGUGCUUCCUCCUUGUCCCUUCCACCCAUGUGCCCCUUGUUAUCCUCCCACUGUGCUCUCUACCACUUGCCCCCCCCUCAAAUACUCCUGUGCCCUCACAGUUAUCUUUUCCUCAUGUCUAUAUAAUACCUGCUGACCUGUGUACCCCCCCUCCCCACCCCUGUGCCCCCUGAUAUCCUCUUCCCAUGACUCUUUAAUACUUGGGGUGUAAUUCAGAAUUGAUCGUUAGGUUGCGUUUUCGCACAGCGGGCGAACAUAUCUGAACUGCCUAUGCACCGCAGUGCGCAGGUGCGACGGCCGGCUGCAAAGUGGAUCGCCGGUCAGCGACAUUUGUGCAAAGGAUCCAUUCGCACGGGCGUUCGCAAGGAGAUUGACAGGAAGAGGGUGUUUGUGGGUGGCAACUGACCGUUUUCAGGGAGUGGCUGGAAUAAGGCAGGCGUGUCGAAGCGUUUGCGUGGCGGGUUUCAGACGUCAAUUCCGGUCCUGAUCAGCCUGAUGUGAUCGCAGCGGCUGAUACUGAAGAAGUCUUCUGGUGACCAUCUGCCACCCUUCAGCUGUGCCUCCAUCCUGGUGCCUCCACCUCACUCACUGAUACAUGAAAAACACAAUGGCCAGAAGAUCCUGGAACUCACCAACAAGAUCAUUCAGCUGCUGACGGAAGAGGUUCCUAUAAGGUGUGAGGAUGUCACUAUCUAUGUCUCCAUGGAGGAGUGGAAGUAUAUAGAGGAACACAGGGGUCUGUACAAGGACGUGAUGAUGGAGAGUCCCCGGCCCCUCACAUCACUGGAUGGACCCAGUAACAGGAAUACCCCAGAGAGAUGUCCCCGUCCUCUUUAUUCCCAGGAUUGUACAGAGGAGAGUCAGAGUGUCCUACAGGAGGGUCAGGGUGAAGAUCUGACUAAUAUUAAGGCAGAAUGUACAGAGGUAGAAGACGAGAUGUGUGAGACUGAUCUAAAGGCCAUAAAUAUAAAAGAAGAAAAAGAAGAGAUGUAUGUUACUGAUAUGAAGGCAGAAGAUGUAGAGGGAGAAGAAGAGACGUAUGUGACUGAUAUAAAGGCCAUAAAUGUAAAAGAAAAAGAGAUGUAUGAGACUAAUAUAAAGGCAGUCAAUAUAAAAGAGGAGGAAGAAGAGACGUAUGUGACUGAUAUAAAGGCCAUAAAUAUAAAAGAAGAAGAAGAGAUGUAUGAGACUGGUAUAAAGGCAGUAGAUAUAAAAGAGGAGGAAGAAGAGACGAAUGUGAUGGGUGAUCAGCAGUGUAAGGAGGAGGAGAUCCCUACAGAUAUCAGCACAGAUAGACGCAGCAGGAAUACCUUGGAGGGAUCUCUCAUUUUGUCUCCAGAUUGUGACAUUAAAGAUAGCAUCAUCACAGAAGGUUCUUCAGGAGAAAAUGUUCUUCCCCAAACUUUGCAUCCAGAACUUCACCAUUCAAAUAUAUCAUCUGAUGCCUCUAAUAAUAAUGACAUUUUUCCUGAUACUUCAGAUAUUGCUACACAUAGUACAGCUCAUACGGGUGAUACAUUAAAUCUAUGCUCUGAGUGUGGGAAAUGUUUUACAUGGAAAUCAGAACUUGUUACACAUGAGAAACGUUACACAGCCGAGAGGCCAUUUCCAUGUUCUGAGUGUGGGACAUGUUUUAUACAGAAAUCAAGUCUUGGUAGACAUCAGAAAAGUCUCACAGUUGUAAAACCAUUUCCAUGCUCUGACUGUGGGAAAUGUUUUACACGGGAACAACACCUUAUUCGCCAUCAGAAAAGUCACACAGGUGAGAAUCCAUUUCCAUGUUCUGAGUGUGGGAAACGUUUUGCAUGUAAAUCAGAUAUUGUUAUACAUCAGAGAACUCACACAGGUGAGAAACCAUUUCCAUGCUCUGAGUGUGGGAAAUGUUUUACAUGUAAAUCAGAUCUUGAUAGACAUCAGAAAAUUCACACAGGUGUGAAACCAUUUCCAUGCUCAGAAUGUGGGAAAAGGUUUUCACGGGAACAGCACCUUAUUCGCCAUUGGAGAACUCACACAGGUGAGAAACCAUUUCCAUGUUCUGAGUGUGGGAAAAGGUUUUCACGGGCACAACACCUCAUUUGCCACCAGAGAAGUCACACAGGUGAAAAACCAUUUCCAUGCUCUGAGUGUGGGAAAAGGUUUUCACAGGAAGGAAACCUUAUUCACCAUCACAAAAGUCACACAGGUGAGAAACCAUUUCUGUGUUCUGAAUGUGGGAAAUGUUUCACACGGGAACCAUAUCUUGUUAGACAUCAUAGAAGUCAUACAGGUGAGAGGCCAUUUCCAUGCUCUGAGUGUGGGAAAUGUUUUACACAUAAAUCAGAUCUUGUUAAACAUCAGAUAAAUCACACAGGUCAAAAACCAUUUCUAUGCUCUGACUGUGGGAAAUGUUUUACACAUAAAUCAGACCUUGUUAAACAUCAGAGAACUCACACAGGUGAGAAGCCAUUUCCAUGUUCUGAGUGUGGAAAAAAGUUUUCACGGAAACAACACCUUAUUCGCCAUCAGAGAAGUCACACAGGUGAGAAACCAUUUCCAUGCUAUGAGUGUGGAAAAAGGUUUUCACGGGAACAACACCUUAUUCGUCAUCAGAGAAGUCACACAAGUGAAAAACUAUUUCCUUGUUUUGAGUGUGGGAAAUGUUUUAUACAGAAAUCAGAUCUUCUUGACCAUAAGAGAAGUCACACAGGAGAUAACCAAUUUCCCUGAGCCUUGAUAUAGCAAUAUUUUAUGGAAGGCUAGUCAAAUAUUCAAUCAUACAGUGUAUUUAAGUUAUAAUUUAAUUAUACAAUAGAUGAAGUGUAUGUAACAUAAACGUAACAAAGUUAGAACAUGCUUGACUCAACAAUAAUAAGACUAUUGUUAAAUAGCAUUCUAAUAAAUAAUACUGACAAUGGGCUUCGGAUAUAAUGGGAAACUGGGACAUUAUUAUGUUAUUUGUUCAUACUUUCUAACCAAUCCCUUCAGUGCUAAGGAAGAGCGGGACUUGUCCUCAACAUACACUGUACAUCAAAAGUGCUGAUGGUGGCUGAAGGAGGAGGCAGGACAUGAUUACAUCAUUACUGCAUUACCUAAUGACAUCAUCAAGCUUCACUUUUUAAGACACUGGAUGGCUUGAGGGCAUUAAAAGUGCAUUAUCUCCCUUAUCUUGGCACCUAAUAUUUUGAGGCAUCCUCAUUGGAAAGAAGGGAGUCCCCAUUUUUCAAAUGAUUUGUUCUGUAUAGAAGUCUGGUGAACACUGAUCACCAGACAAUAAUGCUUUUGUACUGUAGGAAUUAUUGUGAGUUCCAGGGAUGGGGCCCUCAUUUCAUGUAAGGGUGUCUACUUUUCAAAAUGGAGUGUCUUGUUAUAUCUGGAUGUAUUCUUGUUCUUACAAAUGUUAUGCAUAUUAUUUAAUCUAAUACAAUUUACACUUGAACAUAAUGCAUUUUUUAUUAUGGAAUCCUAGAUUUCUGUUUUUAUUGUUCUGGAAAAGUGGAUUAACCCCUAGCCUGGCACAGCCACAAGAUAUGUAACCACCUGUAGUCAGGCUUUCAGUGAUCCGGUCACAUCUUGUGACCUUAGAGGAACACCAACCUGUGGCUAGUUAUCAGGGAGAGUCUGGGGAGCUGAAAAAUGGAUUAGAGUCUGGUAAGCAGAGAAGGUGAAGGGUGAGGGGCUGGUCAGCAGAGAGAAUACUUGAAGGUAUGAAUGGUGGAAGGGUAAGGGUUUGGUGAGCAGACAGAAAGGGUGAGGGUCUGGUCAGCAGAGAAGAACCUUGAGGGUUUGAUUGGUGCAGGUUGAAGAAUGAGGAUCUGGUGAACAGAGAAGAGGAUGGGUUUAGGUCUGAUUAGUGGAUAGAAGUAAGGGUUUUGUGAGAAGACAGGAGGAAGGGUGAGGGUCUGGACAGCAGAGAAGAACCUUGGGGGUAUGAUGGUGUUCAGUAGGUGGAAGAAUGAGGAUCUGGUGAGCAGAGAAGAGAAUGGGUGGAGGUUUGAUUAGUGGCUAGAAGGAAGGGUUUUGUGAACAGACAGGAGAAAGGGUGGUGGUUGGGAGAGCAGACUUGAAGAGUGGGGGUCUAGUGAGUAGAGAGUAGAAAGACUGAUUAAUGGGGAAGAGGAGUUAAGGGAAGGAGUAAAGGGUUAGGUUCUUGCAAGUGGUGGCAAUAUGGUGAAUGGAAUAAGUUUUAAAUAGAUUGUCUUUACUCCAUUGAAUUAUGUGCCUGAUUUUAUUCUGUUUGCCAAUCUGUGUGUAGUUACAUUAAUAAAAAAAUUUUUACUUUU